CGCCGGAGCGGGCGGCUCUACUUAAGCCGCGCGCCGACCGAGACCCGGCACUCGCCUGGAGCGCGCGGGUGAGGCGGGCGGAGCGCACCGCGGCUCUCGGGGGCGCAGAGCAGCGCGCUCGCACCGCGCGACUCGCGGCGGCGGCGGCGGCCAGGCGCAGGGCUGAGCCAGCGUCCGGGAAAGGCGGCUGCCACCACCCCAGACCGGCCACCUCUUCGCCAUGGCUCUGGCGGACAGCACACGUGGAUUACCCAACGGGGGCGGCGGCGGGGGAGGCAGCGGCUCCUCGUCGUCCUCGGCCGAUCCGCCGCUCUUCCCCGACAUCGUGGAGCUGAACGUGGGGGGCCAGGUGUAUGUGACCCGGCGCUGCACCGUGGUGUCGGUGCCCGACUCGCUGCUCUGGCGCAUGUUCACGCAGCAGCAGCCGCAGGAGCUGGCCCGGGACAGCAAAGGCCGCUUCUUUCUGGACCGAGACGGUUUCCUCUUCCGCUACAUCCUGGAUUACCUGCGGGACUUGCAGCUAGUGCUGCCCGACUACUUCCCCGAGCGCAGCCGGCUGCAGCGCGAGGCGGAGUACUUCGAGCUGCCCGAGCUCGUGCGCCGCCUCGGGGCUCCCCAGCAGCCCGGCCCCGGGCCGCCGCCGCCGCACUCGCGGCGCGGGGUGCAGAAGGAGGGCUCGCUGGGCGACGAGCUGCUGCCGCUCGGCUACGCGGAGCCCGAGCAGCAGGAGGGCUCGUCGGCCGGGGCGCCGUCGCCCACGCUGGAGCUGGCUAGCCGCAGCCCGUCCGGGGGCGCGGCGGGCCCGCUGCUCACGCCGUCCCAGUCGUUGGACGGCAGCCGGCGCUCGGGGUACAUCACCAUCGGCUACCGCGGCUCCUACACUAUCGGGCGCGACGCGCAGGCGGACGCCAAGUUCCGGCGAGUGGCACGCAUCACCGUGUGCGGCAAGACGUCGCUGGCCAAGGAGGUGUUCGGCGACACCCUGAACGAGAGCCGGGACCCGGACCGUCCUCCGGAGCGCUACACGUCGCGCUAUUACCUCAAGUUCAACUUCCUAGAGCAGGCCUUCGACAAGCUGUCCGAGUCGGGCUUCCACAUGGUGGCGUGCAGUUCCACGGGCACCUGCGCCUUCGCCAGCAGCACCGACCAGAGCGAGGACAAGAUCUGGACCAGCUACACGGAGUACGUCUUCUGCCGGGAGUGAGCUCCCCAGACCCCCUCGCGACUUCAGCGCGCCCAUCCCCCGUCCUUCCUGUUAGGGAGAGGAUUCUCCAUCUCCCCUCCUACGCCACGCCCCCCCCCAUUCCCUUGUCUCCCACCUUUAGUAGCUGGACCAGACCCACUCACCCCCUACUUGGGAACCUGCAGCCGCAAAUCCUCUCGGCUUCUUCGCCUUUUUUGGACCCCGCCAACCGAGAGAGCCCAAGGUGUAUCCCCUCCAGGGCUUCCUCUGUCCCCUGACUCUAACCACCCCUCCCCCGGAUUGCCCUUUCAGUCUGGAUCUAGUGGGACAGUGUGGCCACAAAGUCACCAAAUAACUGGUGGUGAUUGAAUUGUUCAGAACCUGAUUGGACUCUGUCCAGUGUGUAGACGAUUCCUUGAAAUCCCAAGCCCCUUUCUCUCAUUAGCUGUUUAAGAGAUCAGAUUGAUAACACUGUCUGGGAAUAGUUAGUGUCCUAAAAGGUCGUUAUGUAGCCUUUUGACCCUCUUUAAAGGGAGAGUUUUUUAGAGGGCUGGAUGGAAGACUCCGGACCUGGAAGGAGGAUCCCAUGGAGGCAGUUCAGUGACCACAAAUGAAUAAAGUUUUAAGAAGUUACGUGUAGACAUAGGAAAAGAAUCCAGUGCUGGCACAAUGAAGGAUUGUAUCUUUUCCACGCGCAAUGAAAGGUCAUCGCCUGUGGCUUAAACUUGUAGAAAGUUACCCUCCUGCCCGAGGAGGCAUCCUUUCUCCUUGGCUCACUGCCGGAAGCCCUUAGUUCGAUGGGUUGACAUGGCCGCCGUUAUUGGCAAGAGGGAGAAAGCGUGCCGACGCCGACCAGGGCGAGACAGCCCAGGUCGCCAGGCGCUGUGCGAAGUCACCUGGCAGUGACUGUAAACGGAGCUGGGUAGUAAUGCACGUCUUGGGUAUUAGGAGAGCCCGUCUUCUCGCAGUGAAUGGCAGUAGGACCUUAGCUCUUAAGACUUGGGGGGAGGGGUGGGGAGGGAGGAAGGAGGGAUGAGGGGGUGGGAAGGGAGGAGCAGACACACUCACUUAUUAUUUGAAAGUUGGAAGUUUGUGCCAUCCGUUUGAGUACACGCACAUUUAAGAAGUAGUACACGAAAAUGUGCAAAGCAUUUUAUAAAGAUUAAUAGCAGAUUACUCUUAUCGGGCAGUUUAUUGAACUGUUUUGAGUCCUAAACUUAGAAGUUACUGAUAUAUAACCUAACCAAAGAGUGACCCAGUAGUUUUUGAACUUUAGUUUUUUUGAACUUUGUUUUCUCGUUGGUUAUAAAUCCUGACUGUAAAACCUAUUAAUGAGCAAACUGUGUUUGAUUUUGGUUACUUAAACUUAAGAUCGCUUCUUAAAAAUCCUUAUUUUCUUUAAGCCCAGCCAGUGCUGACUCCUGGGCAAACCUGAGAACCUGGAAAUGCCACUUCUCACAUGCAGAUGGUUUGAAAUUAAGGUGGAAUCUUUUUGAGCGCCAGUUGCAGAGAAAGAGACACACCAAGGGCUGCCUACAUCUACAGAUGCAGAUAGCUAUACAAUGAAAUAUUUUUAAACGAAGGCAAAAAAAAAAAAAUCACAGGUGGGUUGAGCAAUAAAAUAGUGUUUUAGGUGAAUGCAAGAACAGGAGACCCGAUUGCCUUAUACCUUUACUCUAAUGAGGAAUAAAUUCCCACUACAUAUCCUGUCUACACCAUAGGUGAAGGGCAGAGAAUCCUUGUCUUUCAUGCUUGUGAGGCUCCUUUGGAUAUUCUGUGACGACGGAGAAGCCUUUUCCUUUUCAUUUGUUUUAGCAGUUUUCUCUAAAGUGUUUUUUUAAAAGAUUUUGUAAGAGUUGUUCUCAGUGUUCAAAUUAGUGCUAUUUUUUCUUUUUAAAAACGAAUCUUGUACUGUAUCUUACUAUGUCCAGAAUAGAUAUUAAGAAUUGAAACAGUUUUUUUCUUAGACUCAUGUGAUCCAAUCUUUAUAUACCAUAUAUAAACAUUUUACACGAAUCAUUUAGUUUUUUAAUUCAUUUACUAAUGCUAAAAAAUUUCCUAUAUUUACCCCCAGUAAUGUGCAUCAGAUGGUGUAUAUACUAAAGCAACAUGUUUUAAUGAAUUUCUCAUAUUAUUGUCUAUGGGGACAUUGGGUCCAGGAAAAAAAUACUACAAAACUGAGUUUGCUCCAUAUUGUUUUCUCUUGGAUAUUAGUUGUGUACUAAUAAUAUGUUGAUUAACUGUCCUCUUAAAAUGAAGGUACCUGUAUUUUUAACCCACAAAUUCUUUUUUUUACCUGGCAAAGAGAAAUAUUUGAAAUCUUUACAUUGGAGUUACAAUUUUAGAAAGGCAAACUUAGUUUUAUUUACAAAGAUCGUAAUUGUAAGGGAAAUGGAAGCAGAAAUCCAGGAAGUUGUGUUUGCUUAAAUGUUGGGCAUGUUCUCAGAACUUAUCUGUUUCAAUCUUGAAAUGAUUUAGCAAAGUCGCUUUUUGGACAAAAGAGUGCCACAGAGAUUUCUCCUCCCUGUAUGGUGUUCUGUUAGAAUGUACAACAAAAAACACAUCAUUUAAGACAUCUUAGGACAGAUUACGACCACUGACAGAUGGCAAGACUGUAAGAGUCUGAUUUUUCCUUGUGAAAUCUGCACAACUCUGGGAGUCACAGGAAACUACUUGUAAAACUUUGAGUUGAACUCUCACUUUUUUUGCAUAUACAGAUCUUAUUUUCCCCACCCACUCUGGCUGCCCCGCAAUGCUCACCCCGCCCUUUUCAUUAUUUGAAGACUGGGAAUUUUAAAUGGUUAGAUGCCAUAAACUGAUUUCUUUUUCUAGGGAUGACUUUCCUCUCUAAAGUUGGCAGUUGAAAAAUGACAACAUUCUACUUUUAGCCCAAAGUAAAGGCUGGGUAGGAAACUCAUUCUACCCUGUGUAGGUCAUAUAACUGUGGCAAGGUGACUUCUCGUGGGCACUUUCGGGUUUCUUCUUCUCCAUGUGCUGUGGGGCCACGGAAGGACCCUUAGUGGUCUACAAAGUGGACUAGAGUGUUGGUGUUACCUCCGAGCUUGGAUGGGAUAUUGAGGGUCCAUAGGAGUAAGCCCUCCAAAGAUCCCAUUCAGAUAACCUCGGAGACUGCCAUGAGUUAUUUAGGUAAUUAUGACUUUAUUCACCUGCCUCAGUGUAGCAUGCAUUUACAUAUGUCAUAACUUUAAUUACCAUUUGGUUCACAAGUGAGUGAAAUGAGAUUUAACAACAAGUUUAAUUUAAAAAAAAAAAAGAAUUGUGGACAGUGGAGUUUAAAAAAACAGGUACCAUGUUCAAUGCUUUUGCACCAGAUGUUUGAGAAGUUCUGUUUUUAAUACAUGUAGACCAUGAACCAAAUUCAGUCUAAUUUUUCAAAUUGUAUGAUGUGGAAAAUAUUCCUUGAAGGUGUGAGACCUAGAAAUUUUUUUCCCUUUGGUACUGUUUUUAUUCUUGUGUUUCUUCUUCUUCUUCUUCUUCUUUUUUUUGCAUUGAUAGCAAAUUUGUAAUACUAGCCAAACCAGUCUUCUCUUUCAAACCAGAUCCAUACCUGGGGCCUGUUGCUUCUCUGAGGAAAUGUAUAAUCUGAAUUCUCAGACAAAAUGGGCGACUGGCAAUGCUCAUAACAUGUUCCAAUUUUUAUUGGACUUUUCAAUGGAAUGUUAUUACAUUGAAGCCAUGUAAGGUGAAGCUUUGAUAAUUUUUUACUUUUUAAAUUAUGGUAAGUUCUAAUCUAAUAUUCAAAACAUUUUUGUAUUCCACAUAAAACAUGCUAAAGUACAGUGCAAGUAUUUAGAAAAGCAUUGACUUGAGGGGUUGAAUUCUGUAAGAAUUUCUUUUAUAGUCUCAAUCAUAAGUACUUUACUCAACUUAAAUUUCUAAAAUAAUAAACUGAACAUUUCUUAUUGUAAACUUAGCAGAGUAAAUCCUUUGGAAUUUUUUGUUUGUUUUUUUCCUUACUAUAACUCAUUUAAAAACUGAAUUAGUUUUCUUAGAUGACCUAAGUCUGUCUCUUGAGAAUAAAUAACAUACUCUUGUGUAUUGAGUAGCUAUAGUACCUGAAAUAGGGUUUCUUAGAACCAGAAACAAGUUAUGUUGAAAUUUUUUCUUUUCACAAUUUUGGACAAUAAUAAUCUAGAAGUAUUAAUGUUUGAAGACUUAGAAUCUCUACUGGGGCCCUUGAAACUUAGAUGGAAGAAAUCCAAGCAGAACAUCUACAUUAGACUAGAAUCUUGUGUGGUAGAAAGAUAAAUCGUUGACCAAGAAUUUGUGUCACCUUAUACAUUUUGUGGUUUUUUUUUUCUCCCAGAUCAAGUUCUUUUUUUUUUUUGGUAUUUUAAAUGUGUUUUGAAGUAUGUGAACAUUAAUUGUAAUGUCAACUGUUAUACAACUGUCCUUGUGACUACAGGCAGGUGAAUUUUGCUCUUACUAUUGAAUACAAAUGAUGACUUCAUUUACGACCACUCAGAUAUCAUUCGUGACAUUUAAUGACAAAAGUUUAAGAUGUCCAUUGUGGAUGUUGAUUGUGAAGACAUAAAUCGUAUGUUAUCAAAUUUUUCCACAGUAUAAGAUGCCCACAGAGCUCUCUGGGAUUAUGCAGUUGUGAAAAACAUUAUAUGCUAAGUGAUAUAUACCAUGAAGCCGUUUUCUCAAAAUAGAAGGAGAAUGGAAAAAUCAUAAUGAUUAUCAGACUUUUUCUAAUGCAAAAAAGCCAAGAAAAAAAAAUCCUCUAUAUUUUAAAAAAGACAUUUCAGACAUGCCCAAACUUUAAGUGAGAAUUUCUUCAACCAUCUAAACACCCCCAGAGAUUCUUGCUCCCCCUGUUCACAACUGGUUGUAUGAUAGACAUACUCGAUAACUGUUUUCCUCCCUGUGUGUGAAGUAACGAAUCAUUGAUUAUGUGACUUGUUAUGUAUUCUAUUAAACGCUAAAGAAUAAAACAUUCACUCCUUUAAUUAUU